CGGGCGCGGCGAGGCUGGCAGAGCGCGGCGCUGCCCCCGCCGCCGCCGGCCCCAUGCAGCCCGCCAUGAUGAUGUUCUCCAGCAAGUACUGGGCGCGCCGGGGCUUCUCGCUGGACUCGGCCCUGCCGGAGGAGCGCCCCGCCGCCGGCAGCCUCGCCCUAAACAGAUCGAGUUCUGGGAAAAAUGACGAGAAGAAAGGGAAUAAGGGCAAUGGGAAAGGUGAAUCUGCAUCUGAAGGUGGAAAGACAGCUGUGGUGUUUUCCUUGAAAAAUGAAGUUGGUGGAUUGGUGAAAGCUCUCAGACUCUUCCAGGAAAAACACGUGAGUAUGGUUCAUAUUGAAUCACGAAAAUCAAAGAGAAGGAAUUCAGAGGUGGAAAUUUUUGUGGACUGUGACUGCAGUAAGAAAGAAUUUAAUGAACUGAUCCAGUUGCUCAAGUUUCAAACUAAUAUAGUAUCUCUCAAUCCACCGGAAAACAUCUGGACUGAUGAAGAAGAUCUCGAUUGUGUCCCUUGGUUCCCCAGGAAGAUCUCUGAGUUAGACAAAUGCUCUCAGAGAGUUUUGAUGUAUGGAUCUGAGCUGGAUGCUGAUCACCCCGGAUUUAAAGACAAUGUCUAUCGACAGAGAAGAAAGUACUUUGUGGAUGUUGCCAUGAGCUAUAAAUAUGGUCAACCCAUUCCAAGAGUGGAGUACACAGCUGAAGAAGUUAAAACUUGGGGAGUGGUAUUUAGGGAACUCAGUAAACUCUAUCCCACCCAUGCUUGUCGUGAAUAUUUAAAAAACUUUCCUCUGCUGAGCAAGUACUGUGGAUACAGAGAAGAUAAUGUGCCUCAGCUGGAAGAUGUUUCUGUUUUUCUUAAAGAGAGGUCUGGCUUCACAGUGAGACCAGUUGCUGGAUACCUGUCUCCCCGUGACUUUUUAGCUGGCUUAGCCUACCGAGUGUUUCACUGCACGCAGUACAUCCGGCACGGCUCCGAUCCCCUCUACACACCGGAACCGGAUACAUGCCAUGAACUCUUGGGACAUGUGCCUCUACUUGCUGAUCCCAAAUUUGCACAGUUUUCACAAGAGAUAGGACUUGCUUCACUGGGAGCAUCUGAUGAAGAUGUUCAGAAAUUAGCCACUUGCUAUUUCUUUACCAUUGAAUUUGGCCUUUGCAAGCAAGAAGGACAACUGCGUGCUUAUGGGGCAGGACUUCUGUCUUCUAUUGGAGAGUUAAAGCAUGCUCUAUCUGACAAGGCCAAUGUGAAAACAUUUGAUCCAAAGACAACCUGUUUGCAAGAAUGCCUUAUCACUACUUUCCAGGAAGUUUACUUUGUUUCAGAGAGUUUUGAAGAGGCCAAAGAAAAGAUGAGGGACUUCGCCAAAUCAAUCAAUCGUCCCUUCUCUGUGUAUUUCAAUCCAUAUACGCAAAGCAUUGAGAUUCUGAAGGAUACCAGGAGUAUAGAAAAUGUUGUCCAGGACCUCCGCAGUGAUCUAAACACUGUAUGUGAUGCUUUAAGCAAAAUGAACAGAUAUUUAGGGAUUUGAUAUGUUUGGCACUGUGAUUUGCUGUCAGUUGCUCUUUCUGUAGCCAGUUACAUGAGAUGGCUAAAUUAUCAGAGCCAUCAGUUUUCCCUUUACAGCUUGGCCUGUGGCUUGCAUUAUUGUGUAGCUCUGUCUAACUGUAAUGUGCAGACAAACCAAGGCAAUGCUAAUUUGUAAAUGAAACAUGGAAUGUGGCAGAAUGUGAUCAUCAAUUAUUCAGCACAAUGUCAUGUACAAGUAUACCAUUAAAAAACUUUCCUGGCAACAGUUUGGUUUCCACAAAAUGAUUCACUUCAAUGUUUAAGAAAUGGUGUUGCUGAUUUCAUUAGGCCUGAGUUUAUUUCUUCAUUAUCCCUUCCCUUCUGCAAGAAUCUGGAAAAAAAUUGUUUGCCACAUUUUAAUUUUCUCUGUAAGAAAACAUUGUUUCUUUGUCUAAUGGUAAAGACACUCUGUUGUCCAUAUCUGUUACAGAACUUUGUCUCUUGUGACUGAACAAUACAAUUUGUGUACCAGUAGCUACCAGAGAUUAGGAAGGAUAUGUAUUGGUACUAAGAGGUCUGUGAAGAUUAUACAUAAUGAGAACCCACAACUGAGAAAUGUUCAAUGUGGCUGAGCAAUUGCAAGACACUAAAAAAAGAAACCUCUGAUAGUUCAUGUAGAAAGGUAGUUGUAGUUCACAUGUGUUACCUGUGACAGUCCCUAGAGUGCUUCCUCUGAGAUUGCUAUCUGGAAAUAAGAGAUUAAGCACUUGUUUUAACGUCACUGUUACAUGUGAAUCCAAAGUCCUUCUACAUCCUUGUAUGUCUUCUUCAUUCCCUUGUGUCUUGAACUUAACUCCUCUUGUGUUUCAGGCACAGUUUGCCUUUCCUCAUUAUUCUACAGUCAACCUUGACUUGGCCAUGCUUGACUGGGUCUACACUGUGCCAGUAUCAGAACAUAUAAAAGGGUGAAUAAGGAAGUUGUUAUUUAAUUAUGGCUGAGAUGAUUUUCAGUUACUAGAGUAUUUGUGGAGUGAUUAAAUCAUAGGAACACCCAAGCUGCCUUGCUUGUAUCAGAUGGAUGCAGGUAAUGCCUGACUUAAACUCUAAGCUGGCAAGCUCUGACAGAAGUACAAGCUCUGUCUGGGGACGACAGUGCAGAAAUAUUUGAGCCGGCUCUUAUCUGGAAGUAAUAAUUAUGCAUGUCUUUCCUUUAUCUGGGUUAUUCUAUUCUCCUAUUAGGCAAGAUAAUGGAGAGUUGACUAUAUUGUGUGGACCCUUCUUAAUGGAAACCACAUGGCUUAUGCAGAUCAUGUCAAUAAGGGUGAAAGUGUCACAGCUUGUCUACAUAUAUGGAAAAUAGGUAACUAUUGAAGCUGCUCUCCCAGCUGAAAGAGUUGUGCAGAGACUCUUAAAUAUUGCUAGCAAUUUCAGCAUUAAAAAGGCACCACUUGAUAGUACCAGCAUAUCCUUAAAUAAGAGGCAAGCUGUAAGGAUAAUUUUCACAGGGAUGUCUGCCACCUCCUCAAAGAUAACUGUGAGAUAACAGAAAAGGCUUUUUUCUGUGGAUGGUCCCUGCUGCAUUCUAAUGCUGCUGUUAAUAGGGUGUGGAAAAAUCUACUUUUAGAUUCAACUGUGACUGCCGUUGGUACAAACGAAGACCUGAUGAGUUAUCCCAUGGGGAUCAGCAUGCUGGAGGAGUUUUUAACCUCCCAACAUUAGUGCUGACUGUUAGCUAGCCCUUAACACAGAGGAAUUGCUGGCAACCUUAGCAGGAAACUUUCUCCCUCUUUCUUUCCAUGGAAUAAGAUGAACCUCUUGUAGCCCUUUCUGGAGAAAAUGGACUGUACUGAGAUUUGCUUUAACCAGUCUGAAAAAAUCAUUGUGCAAGAAAUAGUAACUCUUACUUAGUUCAAGAACUGGCAAGGUAUUGUUGCUUGCUUAAGUAAAAUAAAGCCGCAAUAAGCAACAAAGAUUCAAAGCUUGCAAAGUUACCAAGGCUUUCCCUUGAAUCAGAAUUAUGCAAGAAAACUUUAAAUACUUAUAAUAUCUGGAUUUGUAUUUGACUUUUCUGAAUAGCUUAAAAUAAGGAUUCCAUAGCAGUAAAACAAUAGAAGCAUAUCUUUGUUUUGUUUUGUGCUGUUAACAAGUAAAUCUCAUUAUGGAUUAGGGAGAAACCCUUGAAAUCCAAUAGUCAUUCUAGGACUAAUGAUGGCAAGGAAACUGUCUACAGUGAAGAUAUAAUGUCAAUGACACAGAACAUUGUCAAAAGAUAAUGGGCUCCCACUGCUAGAUAUAUGCUUAAUCCAAUGAUUUUAUUUCUAUUAUACAACAUGAUUAAAAAUAAAUUAACUAUAAUGGGCCAAGGAAUAAUAGUGAUUUAGAGAGACAAUCACUCAUUGUUCUUACAUAGCAAAGCUGCCAUCUUACAGGCUGCAGAGCAAACUGGCUUUGGGCUUCAGCCAGUCAGGAGCCAGGACUGGGAAGGAAUGCUUUAAAAAGUGCACUGUUGCACUUUUAUGAAUCACAUAGUUUCAGCUUAGCUGAAUUCUUCUCUGUGGUUUUUAUUAGCAAAUUAAGAUCAGCCAUGCAGCAAUCUCCUUGGAUGACAAGCUCAUUUAGGCACAAUGAGGGAAUUAUUGACAGUUAUCAAAUUACACUAACGUUUUAUUUGGAAAAGGCCAUAUUUAUAUAUGGUACUUGUUUAGCUUUAGUGAGCUGGACUCUGGAAAUUGGACUUCUGGCUUAGUCUCAUUUAUUUCCUGUGUAAUUCUGAACUGAUGCUUUAUGGGUCUGAGAUAUAUGCACUUGCUUUGCCUGCACAGAGUAAAUGGGCCCGAGCUUAAUGAAUGUAAACCGUUGCAGUGUUUACUACCAUGCAAAGCCUAAAAUGAAAAACAACACUCUGAGACAUGACAGCAAAUACAAAUACCAAGUUUCAUUUGCAAACCAAGACAUGGUUCAUGCGUUUCAUUUAAUUUGCUCAGUAAAGGGGGUGGAAUGCGGAAGGUGUUAACAUAAAAUAUUGUGUUUUCCCUCUCCACUCUUCAAGAUCUGUUGGGAAUCUUGUUUUAAAUUUGGCCCUAAAAUGCACUUUCGUGAAAUAAGGUGUCUUUUCCUUUCCUCUUGUUAGGAUAUCCUAAUGCGAUGGAAAAAAUUCCAGAAAUUUAUUGUACUGUAGUACGUAUUCAGUGAUGUACUAUAAUGGAUUGCAGAAAAAAGUUUCCUGUCUUUGAAAGGACAGCCUGGCUCAGAGGGCUAAAGAUGCUGAAGGCUUUCACCUACAGGCUGCUGGUACAAAUCCAGUCCAGUCAGCAGUUACUGAAAGCUAUCACCAGCCAGCAGCAGCUUGGCUUCUGUGUGAUCAACUGGGAGGCUGUGAUUGCAUAGUUUGGAGUAGAGGAGACUGAGGGGAGAUGCAAUAACCUUUUUCAAACACAUAGAAAUAGCUGCAAAAUGGAAGGGACAAACUGUUCUCCAACUUCAAGAACGAAUGGACUUAAAUUGCAGGAAAGGAACAUUCAGUUAUAUAACAGUGAAAUGUGGGGGACAUUGUCUGGGGAGGCUGCAGAGCCUCCAUAAUUUUUCAAGAGAACCGUUUAGGCUGCUGUCUCUCAGGAGAGAGACAGGCACACUCAGUCCCAUCUUGAGACCAGAGGAGAGGCCAUACAAUAUCUUGAAGUUCCAGCCUGGAAAAGGCUUCAGACAGCUCAGAAGAGCAGUAAUGAUCAACAGCCACCACUGUGGAGUAUUUAUAUGUCAACCACACUUUUGCCUCCUCCUUCAGUCUUUCACCAACCCUAAAGAGUGCCUCUUCAUCUCUCUGUCUUUCCUUAGGGAAUGAAUAGGAUCCAUGGUCUGAGUGUAGCCCUAUAUAUGAUCACUGUGGUGCUCUAUUUCAAGUUCAUCAGCCAUUUGGGAGAGCUCUGUGUGUGACUCACCUGCUAGUUACAGCUGCCAGAGGCAGAAGACCAAGAGUGAGCAACCAACAUUUGUAGUUUUUACAAACAAGGUUUAAAGCUGCUCAUCUUCAUAAGCAAAAUAGAAUAUUGUAUUUCAUUCUGUCUGUGCCUGAAUUUGUCAGGAACACUGUGUUCCCUUGAACAUUCUAGCAAACUUGGAGCUCUUCCAAGCUGCUGAACUUGAGUGCUCCAGCCAGACAUCAGCCUUGUGUCUUGGUGGAAGCUGGACACAGAGCAGGAUGCUCUCCCUAAGUACCCUGAUUGCCAAGGAAAAGAAACCCACUGCUCUAGUCCAGAAGCGAACUGUGGUCUAGGCCCCUGCUGUAGUUUCCCAGGGAACUUGGGGAUUGCACCUGCUGUCCAGCCUAGUGUCUCAUUAAGAGCUAGGUAAGGAUCAGUGCAAUGCUCUUCUACUCAGGAAACGAGCUCUCUCAGCCUGGAAACUUUUCAUCUUGUUUUAUCAGAACAGUCUGUGUCUUUUUAGAAUUAUGACAGCUUCCCUUGUAUCUGAGUAGGACCCAUGAUCAUGUUUCCAGAUCAUUUGUGAGGGGAGUAAUUCUGCAAUAUUUAUAUAAUGGCUAUGCUCCAUGGUAUCAGUCACUCCAGCUCUGGAGAUGUUUCAUGGACAAAUUCUUGCCUUCUCAGUGAAGAGUUGGACAACAAUGACAGAUUCCUCUUGUGGGCUUCAAAGUGUGUUUGAGACAGGAUUCUAAGAGAAAAGUCUUGGUUGUACUAGGAAUUAGUAGCUAUUAAAAAUAUACAUCUCAGGAAAUAAGUUACUAGAAAUGAGUACCUCCAGUUGUCAUACCAAAGGCUGUAGAGAUGUCCAUGGCAUUCUUACUGGUAAUUUCCUGUAAUUUAAAUGAUCUUGAAGGCUAAACAAUGAAAUCCUCAAUUGAAAUGCUCUAUGAAAUCUCUGUUGAUAUAUUUUGUAUGUGGUUCUCUAGAAAAGGUACGUAGACAAAAAAAAAAUCAGAAUUUAGUAAUAUCUAUUCAAAACAACUAUAUUUAGUUUAAAAAGACCCUCCGACACCUUAGAGUAAGAAUUCAUAUUUCCUUGCCAACUGCUGAGAUGUUAAGGUAAGACUGAAAAUAAGUGCUGGCAUCUACUUGGAAUUUGGGCCACAUGGGACUAUUCAGGUGGAAUAAGUGUGAAAUGGGUUAUACAGUCCCAUAUUUUGAGAUGCAAGUGGGUGAUGGAUAUUCUGGUGGACAUUUUUUUAAUGUAGUCAGAAAUCUCAAAUGUCCAGAAAAAAUAAUGGAGAGGAAGCUGCCAUUGCCACACUCCAUCUUUGGAGGUAAGGAGUUGAGUUUGUGAAGCAGCAAGAGGGAGAUUUCAGUCCACGUUAACCUGGCCCAUGACCUGAAACACAACCCAAAUGUACCUAAUCACUGGCUCUGUGUGAGCUCCUGUGUGAAUACAAUCCUGAUAACAGAACAGCAAUAAAGCACCCUACAGCCAAACAGCCCUGUUUUCCCACAGGAGAAAAUGUGGGUGAUUUGAGACCAGCAUGACACAAAUAAAAUCACUUUUAUUUCUUAUAAAAUGUUUUAGAAUAUGGUACUAUUUUAUUUUUGAUAAGAAUUAUAAAGAGAUAUGUUAAUUAUGAAAUGGUUGAUGCUCUUUUCUGCCUUGAACUUUUCUAGCUGUCACCAAACUCCCUACUCAGUCUUGCCACUUUACAUGAAAGUAGAGUAAUGCUGAAGAUGUGAUGCUGCAUUUCCCAGGGCUUUACAAUUGAUGGCUACGCCUAGUGCUACCCUCCUUCAGCACCCUCCUUGCAGUGAAUUGCAAACCUCAGAGAUGUGAAUAAGGUCAGUUAAUGGUAAAUGAGUUUAAGGUUAUACACACAGUGGAUUUGCCACUCCAGCAGAAUUUCUCAGGAGGAACUAUUUGGUUGAGUUCCCUUUUAAUGAUUACCCCUCUAGAUCAUUUGAAGGUGGAGUUUUGAAAAAGCAAGCGUCUCUCAUCAGAUAGGAACCAAAAUCUCAACUGCUGCAAAGCCAGCACAUGUUCCAAGAGAUGUUUUAGUGCCAGCAUCAGUCAGUUCAAUUGGAAUUUGCUCAAAAUAGAUUUUCUAGUUGCUGAACUGAAAAGCUACAUUUUACCUGCAGAUCUCAAUCCAGCCACUGUUUUCUGAGACAGAUCCAUGUCUGCUGGAACAGGAGCUAGAGCUGUUAAGUCAAACAUGCAAAGCCUGUUCCUUACUUAAUUUGCAGACAUUUUAAAAAGAAAAUGCUGUCUUCAGAAUAAAAAUGCAGUGCACAGAAGGUGAAGAGGCAACACGGUCUGCUGUUUUCUGAGAUGUCAUUCACUGCUCCUUCCCAGUGCUGGUCAUCACAGUUCAUGUACCCAAGGGAAGACUUGGCCUGAGCUAAUUGACAGGGGCAGGAGUUACGAAGCUGUCUUAAUCCCAGAGAAGAGUUCCUGCUCUGAGCUGCUCCUGAGGCCUCAGAAGGCCACUGCUUGUCUUCUGUGACUUGUUUGUACAGAGUAACUCCUCAGGCUUUGUCUGUGGGUGUCUCUGUAGCGGGAUCACUUAACACAUACUGUCAUAUGUACAGGGAAGGUAGUAGAGAGAGGUUGGGAAGUUCCAAGAAUUUUAUUCCACAGCUCUUCUUUUCAAAUAAUCUCAUACCUGGCUAAUGCUUUUUAAAAAAACAAUCAAAAUAGAGGCCCACCAGCACCAUCCAUCUAUGCCCCCUUCCCACUGUGGUCCUUGGGCAGGUGUUCUGAAGGGCAUCAUUCUUGACUGUCCCUUCUCUUCUGUGAGGCCAGUAGUGGAUCUGAAGGGCUGUGUGAGCUGUCCCUGCUGUGCCCACCCAGGGUGUUUCCCUGGUGGGACACCGCUGUGCAGAGCUGGGCGGCCUUGUGCGGCUCCAUGGGGGAGUUACAGUGGGCACAGUGUGGUAGUGCACAGCUCUGAGGUGCUAAGCCCAGCCUCACUGUUGGAGUGAAGCUUUCCAGGGUACUCAGGGUGCUCAGUGGGGCGAACACAAUAUCCCUUGCCCCAUUUCAAAGGCAGAACUGCUUUAAAUAAGCAGUUGCUUAGGAAGCCUAACACUUGGGACUGUUAAAAAAAAGCCAGUGGCAUCCUCAGACUUAUAAGGAAAGGUCAUGGGUAACUGUGUGGUACCUAUAGGCAAGUAUUGAUUUUCUCAUCAGAAUGCCAUCACAAAAUCUGGCACACAGAUGAUGUGGGGUUCAUGUAGAUUCAGUUUUGUUACACCAUCUCUCAAAAAGCUCAGGAGAAACAAAAGGCGGUCUGUUUGCAGCUGGACAGGCAUAGGAACCUCUAUUUAAUUCUCUGUUUUCUUGCCAUUACCUUAUUUCCAGUGGGGAGGAAGAGCACUGUACUCAUGAAUGCUAUGUAAAAGCUGGAGCAUUUUCACUGAGUGAUAGCUUGGUCUGUCAAAGUUAGGAAUGAAAACAUGGUUAGAGGCAGCAAAUUAAACCUCAGAUGUAAUGCCUCUGAUUUGCAGAAGGGAAAGGGGAAGUGCUAAGUGAAUAUAGGAAAUUGCAGCAUUAUGCGUUGUGAGAGCAAUUCUUUCCAUCCUUGUAGCUAAUGGACUGAACAGAAAGUGAACAAUUUAUUUCAUACAAUGAUUCACCAACACUUUGACAGGGUUUCCAAUUCUGAGCUCAGUUUCAUGUUCAGCUCCCUGUUUACUAGUGAAAUAGUACAAUUAUCUGUCUACCUCUUACACUUUGUAAGCAGGCAAGGCUGCAGGAUCUGAAAAGAAUAAAAAUAACUGUAUAAAUCCUGAAUGCUUAAGGCUGGAGGGAAGGGAAAUGAAGCAAGUGUUAUCUUUCCUGCGGUCUAUUGGAACAUUCCUCUAAAAAUAAAGUUAAAUUCCCAGGGAAAAUAGGUCCAAAAGAAAAAUGCCAAUGGAACUUGGUUUUCAAUUUCUAUUUAAUGUUUCCCCCAUCUAGGUUUGUGAAAGGAAAUCACAAAAUAUUUCUCGUUUGAGUCCACUUGUCAAAUUGUCGAUAGUAAAGUAGCCAGAACUGUUACAGCUGAAUUGGUCACAUAAAACUCUGGUGAAAAAGGGAUGCUUCUCCCAGAGGCAUUUAGUAAAUGUGCUAAGCUGCUUUACAAGACAGGAUGACAUUUUUCUGCCUUUAACCCCAGUUUUAUUGAGAAUAGAAAUCACUUGGACUAUGAGGAGUUUCAGUUUUUAAUCUCAAAAUGUUUGUGAGCCAGCCCUGGCUGCACACCUCUUGCUCAUGGGAUCAAUGUGUUUGAAUGGACCAGCCUCCCAGAAGAGCAUAAUUAGUUACAUGUUAAGUUUGAUUAUUUAUGAUCUAUUAGUGUUUAUCAAGGCUAUUUGGAAGGAUAUUCUGGAGAAAUAUAUUUUCAAAGUCCCAAAAUACGAAUUCAGUAGAGCUUUUUAGAAUUCAGUCAGUGAAAAGGGGGUGGUGAAAAAAUAUAAUGGCCAUAAAAAUGAGUAUAAAAGCUAUUAAUAAGGAUUACAAGAUGAAAAUUUGAGGAUUUAGGAGUCUUAUUUCAAAUUGCAUAGGUAAAAUAGAAAAAAAUUAGACGUCAGUAGCAGCAAUUACCUGUUGUAGUCCCUUUGGCCAGAUGGUGACGAGACUGUCACUUCAUGGAAGAACCUGAGUCUGUGGCUUUUGCUUAGCAUAAAAUAUGAGUAGAAAGUUGAUGCUAAAAAUGCUGUUAGUCUGAGAGCCACUUAAAUUGAUGGCAGCAGCAGCAGUUAACAUGGGGGCUGAAGUCUGGGAUCUGGCUGAAGAUGUUGGGUGGGUAGCAGUGGGCAGCUGCCUUUAUUAGGAAUAGCAUCUCCACCAGUGCUUUCAGAGCCCCUAAAGUGCAGGAAUUUCAUACUGCUGUUUUGCACAGUGUUCCUGGAGACUCAGGAGGGAACUUUGUAUAACAGGGAGAAAGUAUCUGCUUUUUGGGUAUAACAGAAAAGGGACAGACAGUCCUGCAUGACUUUGGUAGGGGAGAGAAAUUUAAGAUUAUCAAUAGCAGAAGAGUUCCCUAAUCCUAGCCUAUUAAGGAAAAGAAAAUCCUCAUUAAAAAAAUCCUUAUAAAUCCUUAAAAAUUCCUUGCAAAUCCUAAACUGUGAGUACCAGUGUCUAUGCACAAGAGGAGUGAGUAUCCCCAGUUACAUGGCUCCCUCAAUGACACUGGGCAAGAGGGGAGAGAGGUGUUGGGUUAAAUGUCUGCUGAGUCUCUGUGUGAGUUUUCUGCUGCUCUUUUUGGAAGCACUGUCUGGGUCUGGGUUUGCUGGGCAAGCCAGCAGUGCUGGCUUCAUGGGUGAGAUUUGCACUGCACAAUUAAUCUGCUCCCUGCAAAGCAGAGAAAUGCAGCACUCUUCUUGAAUUACAGGAUUGAAUAUGGGGCAACAGGAACAAAUUUGAAUUAGGUGUUUACUACAGGGUGAAAAGGAACGUAACCUGUGAGUGUUUUUCUCUGUAAAGUUAGUCCUGGUUACAGCUCCUGCAAAUGGAACAUUAGUUUGUGCCUCCAUUCAGUUGGUUGGCUCUCAGUCUGUAUCUUUCUGACUUUAUCAAGUUCCAGGCAAAGCUUGGCAGUUGUCUGAAUUUAAGUGAAAUCAGCCAUUUGGUUAGCUCUGAAAUAAAUCACAUAUAUGGAGGAGCAGGAGAAAUCUGCCCAAAGAAAUCUGUGGUAGUCCUUGGCAGUAACUCUUUGAGGCUAGAAGCAUAUAUUAUGGUGACUCUGAAACUGUCUGGGCAGAAUUUGCACAAAACCAUUGCUGUGACUUAGGAGCUACAGCAGAUUUCUCUGGCUUCCCUUGAAUUCCUGAGUGUUGGCUACUGGGCAUGGUAUAAAGGCCAGAAAUCACAAACUGGGGAAAAAAUGUUUCCCCUCUCUUGGUAAGCAACUGGUGCAAACAGAAAACUUCCCUUUUCAGCAUCAGCAAGUUCAAGAGACUGAAUGCUCCAUUUCCCUGGCGCUCUCACCUCAGAAGCUGGUGUAGACAGCACUUGUUUCCUGUGAUUCCCUGUAGCAACCUUAUUUUCAGUUGCCUGGAGCAUGGUGCAAGGUGACUUGUGUUUCCUUUUCAAAAGAUGGUUUCAUUUUGGUACUGCAGAAAGGGCCUUUCUUUCUCACAGAUUUGUGAAAAAGUUGUUUGGUAAGAUACCAGUACAUCUACUUUCACACAUUUGCCUAAGUGCUUCAUUCUUGGACAUUUCACAGUUCUGGGACAUGUAAAAUCCUCAACAAAAACUAAUCUAUUUUGGUCUUUUUAGAAGAUUAAAGCAAACAAACAAGCUGAUAUUUUGCUGAUCUCUUUUCCUUCAGUGUUUAAAUUGCCAUUUGCCCUAAUUAAUCUUGUGUGUGGUUCCUUGGCUGGCAAUAUAUUUUUUCAGUGUGUGUAUGUAUGUACAUGUAAAAUAAAAGGAGGCCAGAUUA